UGCCGCCGCCCCCCGACGCCUGGGUGAUGCUGGACAUGGGAGAUAGGAAAGAGGUGAAAAUGAUUCCCAAGUCCUCGUUCAGCAUCAACAGCCUGGUCCCCGAGGCCGUCCAGAACGACAACCACCACGCGAGCCACGGCCACCACAACAGCCACCACCCCCAGCACCACCACCACCACCAUCACCACCACCACCCGCCGCCGCCCGCGCCCCAGCCGCCCCCGCCGCCCCAGCAGCAGCAGCAGCAGCCACCCCCGGCCCCGCAGCCCCCGCAGGCACGAGGAGCCCCGGCCGCCGACGACGACAAGGGCCCGCAACCGCUUCUGCUCCCGCCACCCGCCGCCCUGGACGGGGCCAAGGCCGACGCGCUGGGAGCCAAAGGCGAGCCGGGCGGUGGGCCGGCCGAGCUGGCGCCCGUCGGGCCGGACGAGAAGGAGAAAGGCGCGGGUGCCGCCGGGGGGGAGGAGAAGAAGGGGGCGGGCGAGGGCGGCAAGGACGGGGAGGGGGGCAAGGAGGGCGACAAGAAGAACGGCAAGUACGAGAAGCCGCCGUUCAGCUACAACGCGCUCAUCAUGAUGGCCAUCCGGCAGAGCCCGGAGAAGCGCCUGACGCUCAACGGCAUCUACGAGUUCAUCAUGAAGAACUUCCCCUACUACCGCGAGAACAAGCAGGGCUGGCAGAACUCCAUCCGCCACAACCUGUCCCUCAACAAGUGCUUCGUGAAGGUGCCCCGCCACUACGACGACCCGGGCAAGGGCAACUACUGGAUGCUGGACCCGUCCAGCGACGACGUGUUCAUCGGCGGCACGACCGGCAAGCUGCGGCGCCGCUCCACCACGUCCCGGGCCAAGCUGGCCUUCAAGCGCGGGGCUCGCCUCACCUCCACCGGCCUCACCUUCAUGGACCGCGCCGGCUCCCUCUACUGGCCCAUGUCGCCCUUCUUGUCCCUGCACCACCCCCGCGCCAGCAGCACUUUGAGUUACAACGGCACCACGUCGGCCUACCCCAGCCACCCCAUGCCCUACAGCUCCGUGUUGACUCAGAACUCGCUGGGCAACAACCACUCCUUCUCCACCGCCAACGGGCUGAGCGUGGACCGGCUGGUCAACGGGGAGAUCCCGUAUGCCACACACCACCUCACGGCCGCUGCGCUCGCCGCCUCGGUGCCCUGCGGCCUGUCGGUGCCCUGCUCCGGGACCUACUCCCUCAACCCCUGCUCCGUCAACCUGCUCGCGGGCCAGACGAGUUACUUUUUCCCCCACGUCCCGCACCCGUCAAUGACUUCGCAGACCAGCACGUCCAUGAGCGCCCGGGCCGCAUCCUCCUCUACGUCGCCGCAGGCCCCCUCGACCCUGCCCUGUGAGUCCUUAAGACCCUCUUUGCCAAGUUUUACGACAGGACUGUCCGGGGGACUGUCUGAUUAUUUCACACAUCAAAAUCAGGGGUCUUCUUCCAACCCUUUAAUACAUUAACAUCCCGGGGACCAGACUGUAAGUGAACGUUUUACACACAUUUGCAUUGUAAAUGAUAAUUAAAAAAAAUAAGUCCAGGUAUUUUUUAUUAAGCCCCCUCCCCCAUUUCUGUACGUUUGUUCAGUCUUUAGGGUUGUUUACUAUUCUAACAAGGUGUGGAGUGUCAGCGAGGUGCAAUGUGGGAGAAUACAUUGUAGAAUAUAAGGUUUGGACGUCAAAUUAUAGUAGAAUGUGUAUCUAAAUAGUGACUGCUUCGCCAUUUCAUUCAAACCUGACAAGCCUAUCUCAAAAGGCUGCCAGAUUUCCAUGUGUGCAGUAUUAUAAGUUAUCAUGGAGCUAUCUGGUGGACGCAGGCCUUGAGAUCAACCUAAAUUAUGGAGAGAGUUUAAAAAAAAAUGUUAAACUGUAAUUUGUAUUUAAGAAUUUGUAGUAAAGGUGCCCAAGAAAUUAUAUUGGCCAUUUAUUGUUUUGUCCUUUUUCUUUAAAGAACUGUUUUUACCUUUUGUUUACUUUUAGACCAAAGAUUGGAUUUUAGCAAAUGCACUUGGUAUACUAAGUAUUAAAACAAACAAACAAACAAACAAACAAACAAACGAAAAAGCAAAGUUGUUUAGUUGGCAACACUGCCCAUUCAAUUGAAUCGGAAGGGGACAAAAUUAAGGAUUGCCUUCAGUUUGUGUUGUGUAUAUUUCGAUGUAUGUGGUCACUAACAGGUCACUUUUAUUUUUUCUAAAUGUAGUGAAAUGUUAAUGCCUAUUGUACUUAUAGGUAAACCUUGCAAAUAUGUAACCUGUGUUGCGCAAACGCCGCAUCAAUUUGAGUGAUUGUUAAUGUUGUCUUAAAAUUUCUUGAUUGUGAUGCUGUGGUCGUAUGCCCGUGUUUGUCACUUACAAAAAUGUUUACUAUGAACACACAGAAAUAAAAAAAUAGGCUAAAUUCAUAUAGAUCUUGAUAUUUUUGUCUCUUUUAUUAAGUAGAGCUAAUUUGCCAGAUACCAUUCAAUUUAUAGGUAAUUCGAAAGCUUUUUCAGUCAAGUUGGAGUUUAAGCUGCUCCUUUAAUUUCAACUGAGACCAAAAUUGAGAAUAGUAUCCUUUUUUUCCCCCUUUGUGAAACAAUUUUACCAGGAGCAGGUUACUUAAUUAAUGCUAGCUUUAAAUGAAAUAUAGGCUUUUCAGCUGAUAUCUUUGUUUUUGUAGAUAUACAGCAAAAAAAGACAUUCAGUUUUAUGUGUAUAGCUGUUUAUUCUGUGCUUAUUUUAAAUUCAGUUGAUAGAAUGCCCUUUAUAUAUAUUGUUCCAGGUAUCUUGUUCAUGGAACUUGGCAAAUUAUAAAUAAAUAUAUGUAUAUAGUUAGAAGUGAAUAAUGAACACAUUAUAUAUGUGUGUAUAUAUACACAUAUAUACAUAUAUGCGUAUGUAUAUAUAUGUGUGUAUAUAUAUAUAUCCCUUCAGUUCAGGUACAAUUUGCGCUAUGAAUGCUGCAAACAUUUUUGUUAAAUAUUUGUAUUUAUACUUUCUAAGUCAGCAUUUAUUUUUGUGGCUGUUUACCCACAAUGAACGAAUUCUAAUAAAGAUGUGCUGAGUUGCAAUGUA